CUUUGAGGUCAACGGUUGGAGGUCCGCUGGAUUUGUAUCUGGAAGCUCCAUUGGAGAAGAAUCGAGAUUUUUGUUUGGUUUUGGUUCAAAGUUCUUAUAUACGCCUUGACAUAAUUCCAGACCUUCUCAUUCUCAAAGCGACCUACCUCCUCGAGUAUGCAUUCCACUUCGUGGAGUUUGUGCAAGGCCCGGGUCUCCAGACCACGACACGACCAUCUGGUCAAUGUCGAUAGGCCCAUCUGGUAGGUUUUGUCAGCCGUGUGUUUACAUUUCAGUUCAAGCUGGUUUACUCGAAGGCCCAAUUUUAAUUUUCAAUUAGGCAAGUUCGUAAUCCUCCUUCUUCCAGCUAUCUUUUUAUUAAUAACAACGACCCACCAUCUUCUGAUCUCAGGCCAGUUCGUGGCGUAUUUAUCUAGAUCACUAGACUGAGAACACAACCUGGCGGAGAUCAAGCCUGAGGACCCUUCGAAGAUAUCAAAUGGUCUAGAUGCAUGGCAAGCUCCAUCGCAACGUCUCCCCAUGUCGACUUCAUCCCCCAGCUCCUGCAGCGAAUCAUCCCAGAGGCACAAGAGUGGCCAGUUGUUUAGAGUUUUGUUUCGACUUUGAAUUCUCCCGGAUUCCGCUUCGCUUGCCAUUGCGUUAGUACAUUGGUCUCAAUGACACGCUAUUCGCUAACAGCUCCAGUGUGCUUAGUGGCAGGUGGUUUCAUCGCUGCAGGGCUCUGUGUCAGAGACGCAGCUUGGACCCCUUUUCACAUCUCCGUGUUUCCUCCCACGAGCCGCAACCCCAAGACGGAACCACACCGGAUGAAUCCAGAUGUGCACCACCUCUUGACGCACACUGCAAUUGCCUUGGCUGAGGCGGUUGCAUUGGCAUCAAGAUGCACGGCCCAACUGUGUCGUUUGUGCCAAUCACAUCUCCAAUUGACUGGAAGCGCUCUCGAAGCAACCCUGCCAUGUCGCCUCAUCAGGAGACUGUUCCCUUCCCAGCGGGUCCCCCUGCCUCGAAAUGGCACCCUCCUCGAGCCUCUCCACACUGCCGGCGAGGGUGGGAGAGGGGCGGGAGCAUGGAUGACGUUGAAUGGUCUAUGGUCAGACUCCUGAUGUCGCAAAUCCCCAUGAGAAUAGAACCGUGUGCCGCCAUAUAUCCCUCCUCUAUACCCGGCUUCCCUCGUCUAUCUCCUCUUUCCUUCCUCUUCUGCACUCCAAGUUUUGGGCUGUCUGAUGGUAUCAUAGGGCGAUUCUCGUUUCCCUCUCUUUCUCUUCACCUUCCCUUCGUGACUGCAGGUCAGCUUAAUUGUUUAGUUUCUUCUACCUUCAUUUUAUACACGGCUGAGCCGUGCAAGUCUUUCUUUACCUACCUUUCGACCCUAUCGAUUCGAUUUUUGAGUUUCGAGUUUAAAGACAACAACCAUGUAUUUCUCAACCAGAACUCUCGUCACCAUCCUCCUGGCCGCUGUGGCCCGCGAUGUUGCUGCUCAGGCAGCCGUUCAGUCCCCAGACGCACCGGCGCCCAGCGCCAUCCCUCCAGAGGUUCUUGCCAGUCAGGCAGCAAGUGCCAGUGCUGCUGCUUCGGCGGCGGCGGCGGCAAACGAGGCGGCAGCAGCAGGAGGAUUGAGGCCACUACCGGGGCUACAGGGCGGUGAGGCAGAGGCGCCAGCAGAACUUAGACCUUUGCCCAAUCUUGCUGGAGAUGCCGCCGUUGUGACUCCUCCGCCCGUGGCGGUAACAGCUCCCGAAGCUGCGGAACCAGUAGCAACAGUGGCACCAACGUUGCCAGCAGAAGAAUCGGCUGUUGAGGCCCCUCCUGCACUAAUCCCACCUCCUGGCCUCGACGCGGAGGCUCCGGCCCCUGAGCUCGUGGUCCCUCCAGGUCUUGCUACACCGGUUGUGGAAACCCCUGUUGUCGAAAGUCCCGCUCCCGAAGCUGCGGCUCCAGCCCCUGAAGAGCCCCCUGCCGUCAUCGGGUCCUUCACCCCUAUCGUGGCCGAGCCCACAGCCGAGGAGACUCCCGCUCUGGCUGAACCGACCGAGGCCGCUGUUGUCCCCCCAGUCGUAGAAGAACCUGCCGCUGCGCCCGUCAUCGGCUCCUUCACUCGUAUCGUCGCUGAACCGACGGUCGAAGCCCCGGUCGAAACCCCGGUAGAAACCCCGGUCGAAGUCCCGGCCGAAAGCCCCGCUGCUGAACCUGUCGCUUCCGAAGCCACUGGGCCCGCCGGUGUAGUCGAAACCCCCGCCCCGGUCCCAAUCGGUUCAUUCUCUCAAGUCAUUGUUGGCACUGCCCCUACUUUGGCCGUCCCUCAACCCGUUCCCACCGGCGCUGGCGGCUUCGUUUUCCUCAACAGCACAACUGCUGGUGCCGGAGUUGCCCAGCCCACGGGUGGUCUUCUGCCUCUUCCUGGAGUUGCUGCUCCUUCUGGCGGUCUCCUCCCUAUUCCCGGAGUCGCCCAGCCUUCUGGUGUCGCCGCCCCAUCUGGUGGUUUGAUAACCCCUCCUGGUCUUGGUGGUGCUGGUGGCGAGACUGGAUCUGGCUCUAAUGGUGGAUCUGGAUCUGGAAGUGAUGGUAGCGGCAGCGGCCUCGUCAACCCAGAUGGAAGCACCGGAACUGAGACUCUGGAGACGGAUCCCAACGUCACUGCUGGGCCUGGAUCUGGCGGUACUGGGGCAAAUGAGGUUUUGACCACUCUUACUACCACCAACGCUGAGGGCGUACCUACCACUUUGGUGACUGCUGUGGCUCAAACCACAGGGCCAAACGGUGCUCAGGUUACUGGAACUGGCAACCUCGCCAACAACGGAUCUACUCCCGCCCUGACGGCUGGUGGAGCCCGCUUGGGCGAGGGCAUCAACAUGAAGAUGUCAGUUUUGGGAGGUGCUGUCGGUAUGCUGGUUGUCCUGAUGCUUUAAGGGGUAACUUGAAAAUAGUGGGAAAGUGCCACAGAGGAAAAGGUGGUGGUAUUUUCACUGGUAAUAAAGGGGGGUGCUGUGGUUACACAAAGCAAUCUUUACGAUGUUGUUCUAUUUACUUUAGGGGAUGAAUGCUUGAAAAGCGCGAAUCAGAUUGGGGUUUUACUUUUUACUUUUUACACCACCUUUUUGUAUAUAUACGAUUAUGAUACCUUUUACAGCAACCACAUCGACGUACGCCAGAGUAGAUAAAAAAAAAAAAACUACAAAUUGAGACGAAAAUGACACAAGGCUUGGAACGAGGCCACCUGAAAGAAUCUGGGGAAGGCACGAGAAAGGUGUGGGUUGAUUUUGCAUGGAUG